GCUUGAGAGUGACGUCAGGGCGACCGUGUUGUGAUUGAUGUCCGGGAUUAAAGAUGGGAGCCUGGAAGGAUGCGGAGACUUUAUCGCACAGCGGGGAUGAGGAUGAGAGAGACCCCAUGGACAGGGCCGCGAACCCAUGGAACAUUAUGAUAAAACAUCGCCAGGUGCAGAGGAGGGGACGGCGGUCUCAUGUGUCUGUGAGUUUCACAGAUCCUGCAGUUUCAAUGGAUCUGUUACGAGCGGUUCUGCAGCCAAGCAUUAAUGAGGAGAUACAGAAUGUUUUUGACAAGUACAUGAAGUUCUUCCAGAAGGCUGCAAUUAAUGUAAGGGAUAAUGUUGGAGUUCCAUAAAGAGAGUAAGACAAGGAGAUGAUGAUUUGUCGCUGCGAAGGAGCCCAGUGCCAAAGAAGAGGAAGGGGAGGCCACCCGGUCAAGUGUCCAGUGACCGAGCCAAUUUAGGAUUUACACCACUGAAGCUUAAAGCUACUGAGCCAAUUAAACGUGAAGGCCCAAAGUGGGACCCAGCUAGACUUGAUGAAAGGACCACUUUUGUGCUUGGUUCUCGAGCUAACAAGGCCCUAGGAAUGGGAGGUACGAGGGGAAGAAUUUACAUUAAGCACCCUGAAUUAUUUAAGUAUGCGGCAGACCCUCAGGAUAAACAGUGGCUGACAGAGCAACAGCACAUGAAGGCUACUGGUGGAAAGAUGGCAUAUCUACUCCUGGAACAAGAUAUCCUGGAUUUGGCUGCCAAUGAUGAUUACAAGGAUAGUCUGGAACUGAAGCUGGAUGAACUGAAAUCGUUUUCUGCCCCAGCAUGGAUGAUUGAGAAGAUGAGAAAAUAUAUGGAAUUGCUACGCACAGAACAAGAUUAGCAGACUUUUCAUCUUUUUAAAGGAACAGUAACAUCAAAUUUUUAAUACUUAAUUCCCCCCAAAACAGCUGUAAUAUGAUUAAGGCUUACUUGGAUCUUUUUAAAUUGAAUUGAAUUUGACUUUCGUUGUGCCUCAUAGGAGAUAGGAAAAAAGGUGACUGAACCAGAAUUCAUCUUUGCACUGAUUACUUAAAGCUCCUAAGCUUUUUUUCAGCAUCUCCAGCUUAAAUAUAUGCUCACAUCACUAAACCCAAAGCCGUGUUAAAGAAUAGAAACAUAAAAUGUAAGCUGCAGGCACUGAAAACUGAAAAAAACCUUAGGUGCUUUAGGUCAUCAGUGAGAAGCUGACUUCCAGUUAAGUGCACAGGAAUUUAACCUUCAUUAUUAUUUUUUCUAUGGGGCAUUUUGCAAAUCAGAUUCAAGCGGAAGAUUUAAUAAAGUAAGUCUUAACUGUCAUUAUAGCUGUUUUGGGCGCAAUUAAGUUUUUUUAAAAAAACUUUUGGUGUUACUGUUCAUUUAAAGUACUGUUGUACUUACCUUGAGGUACAGGUAUCAUUGCACAGUAAAGAUCCAUAUCUUCAUGCUGCAGUAUUUGUCCAAGCCUCUACUAAUUCAUAGUGUGUUUGGCACCUAGGCUAGAGUCCUGCAGCAGGUCUGGAAUACUCGCAAAUUGAUCAGAAUUCGGGAGAAAAAUCCCAGAUGGUCCUGACUGUGCGGGUGGUCCGGAUCUGGUGCAGGUCUACAACAUUAGACCCGUGCAGUACUCUAACCUAGGCAUCUUCAGUAAGCAGCCCACUAAGCAUGUGCCGUGCCACCAACACCAGCAAAACAUCUGUCCUAAACUGGAAAAAUAUAAAGCAACAGGCAGUAACAUAGGAGGAAUGAAUCUGUAUUGUCAUAGAGCUGCUGUAAAUUUGGGCUUGUACAACCCAAUGCAUAUGGUGUUUCAUUUUUAGUAAAAAUCCCUUUGUUGUGCUGCAAGUUUGAAAAAAAUACAGUCCAGCCAUUUGAAAAUAACAUAAUUUUGCAGCAUUUUAUGGUAUGGCUUUCCUGCAUUCUACCUAGUUUGUACCCAUAAAGCAUCAUCAGACAUACGUGUGCCAUGCUGUGUAUGUGAUUAAAAAAAAU